CUUGGCCCGAAAAACCCCAAACCUUAAACCCUAACUCCCCAAGCUCCGCCGAAAGACGCCUCUCGUGCCUCCACUUUCGAACCCCUCCUCCUCCUCCUUCCACCGCCAGCCCCUGCGCCACCGUGCCGAGAUGGUGAAGGCAUAUCUCCGCUACGAGCCGAGCCGAGCCUUCGGCGUAAUCGUCUCCGUGGACGCCAAUAUCUGUUACGACCCCUCGGGCAAGCACCUCCUCGCCCCCGCCCUCGAUAACGUCGGCCUCUGGAACCUCAAGCAGGGCCUCUGUUCCAAGACUUUCUCCCCCUCCACGCAUUCCUCCCACUCCCUCGCCGUCACGUCUAUCGCGUCCUCCCCUUCCUCUUCCUCGAUAGCGAGCGGGCACGCCGAUGGGAGCAUAAGGCUGUGGGACUGUGAGAAGGGCACUUGCGAGGCCACCCUCAAUGGCCACAAGUCGGCUGCCACCGCCCUCCGCUACAACCAACUCGGCUCGCUCCUCGCCUCCGGGAGCAAGGACUGCGACAUCAUUCUAUGGGAUGUUGUCGGUGAAGCUGGGGUUUUUCGCCUCCGGGGCCACCGGGAUCAGGUUACCGACCUUGCUUUCCUUGAUGCCGGGAAGAAGCUGGUGAGCUGCUCGAAGGACAGGUUCAUGAGGGUAUGGGAUCUUGAGAUGCAGCACUGUAUGCAGAUAGUGAGCGGGCACCAUAGUGAGAUAUGGUCUCUGGACAUCGACCCAAAGGAGAGGUUUUUGGUUGCUGGGUCGGCGGACUCGGAGCUCCGGUUCUACCAGAUAAAACACGAUGCUGAGGAAAUUGAGAAUUCAAGCAAGUGGGAGGUUUUGAAGCAGUUUGGGGAGAUUCAACGGCAGAGCAAGGAUAGGGUGGCAACAGUGAGAUUUAACCAGUCUGGGAGUCUUCUUGCAUGCCAAGUGGCGGGGAAGACAGUAGAGAUAUACCGAGUUCUGGAUGAUGCUGAAGCAGCUCGAAAGGCCAAAAGGAGGGCUCACCGGAAGAAGGAAAAAAUCUUGGCAAAAGCAACUGCAGAGGGGAGUGAGAAUGGAAUGGUGGUGGAUCCUUUGUCAAACAAGGAAUCCCAGCAUCCAACAGUUGUGGUCUUUGAUGUCUUUAAAUUUCUACAAAUUUUAAGGGCAAGCAAGAAAAUUUGCUCCAUUGCUUUCUGUCCGAAUGCUCCAACUAAAGGUGGCCUUGCCGCUUUAUCCUUGUCUCUGAACAAUAACAUUCUGGAGACUUACUUAGUUGAUAGUAGUAAGGUCUCUAAAUUGCAUUCGAUUGAGCUUCAAGGACAUCGUUCUGAUAUUAGAAGUGUUACACUUAGCUCGGACAAUGACCUUUUGAUGUCUACCAGUCACAAUGCUGUUAAGAUAUGGAAUCCAAGCACUGGAGCCUGCCUUCGCACUAUUGAAUCUGGAUAUGGGUUGUGUAGUUCCUUUGUCCCUGGGAACCGCUAUGCACUUGUUGGAACAAAGAGCGGAACUUUGGAAAUUAUUGAUGUUGGUAGUGGUAGCCGCACUGAAGUGGUAGAAGCUCAUGCUGGUUCUAUAAGGUCGAUUGUGCCUAUUCCAGAUGAAAAUGGUUCCAUCACUGGGCGUGGCUUUAUCACAGGGAGUGCUGAUCAUGAUGUCAAAUUCUGGGAAUAUCAGCUCUUGCAGAGACCUGAUGGUGACUCUAAACAGCUGAGUGUGACAAAUGUGAGAACGUUGAAAAUGAAUGAUGAUGUUCUUGCGGUCUCAAUAAGUCCAAAUGCUAAAUACAUCGCCGUUUCUCUAUUGGAUUGCACAGUGAAGGUCUUCUUUAUGGACUCCUUGAAGUUUUUCCUUUCCCUUUAUGGCCACAAGCUGCCUGUGCUCUGUAUGGAUAUUUCAUCAGAUGGAGAUCUUAUAGUUAGUGGUUCUGCAGACAAAAAUUUGAAGAUUUGGGGUUUGGAUUUUGGUGACUGCCAUAAAUCCAUUUUUGCUCAUGCUGACAGUGUCAUGGAUGUGAAGUUUGUGCGAAAUACUCAUUAUAUGUUUAGUGUGGGGAAAGAUCGCCUUGUCAAAUAUUGGGAUGCUGAUAAAUUUGAGUUACUGUUAACUCUCGAGGGGCAUCAUGCUGAAGUUUGGUGCCUUGCAGUUAGUAAUCGUGGUGAUUUCAUCAUCACAGGAUCUCAUGAUCGUUCCAUUCGCCGCUGGGAUCGUACUGAAGAACCAUUUUUCAUUGAGGAAGAAAGGGAGAAAAGGUUGGAGGAGAUGUUUGAGUCUGACUUGGACAGUUUAAAUGAAAAUAGGUAUGCACCAAAAGAAUUGAUUCCAGAGGAGGGAUCUGUUGGUGUGCCAGGAAAGAAGACUCAAGAAACUCUCACUGCAACUGACAUGAUUAUUGAUGCCUUAGACACAGCUGAGGAAGAAAUAAAACGAAUCGAUCAACAUAAGGAGGACAAGAGAGAUGGAAAAGGAGGUGAAUUCGAACCAAAUAUUAUGAUGCGCGGGCUUUCACCAUCUGAUUAUGUACUCCAUGCACUUUCCAAUGUUAACACCAAUGACCUGGAGCAGACCCUGCUGUCAUUGUCAUUCUCAGAUGCUUUGAAGCUUAUGUCUUACUUGAAGGAAUGGGCCCUUAUUCCUGACAAGGUUGAACUUGUUUGUAGGGUUACUACGGUGCUGCUGCAAACACAUCAUAAUCAGUUAACUACUACUACAUCUGCCAGACCCAUGUUGACAGCACUCAAGGAUAUUCUUCAUGGAAGAGUCAAGGAAUGCAAAGACACGAUUGGUUUCAAUCUUGCUGCAAUGGAUCAUCUCAAGGAACUAAUGUCGAUGAAAUCUGAUGCCCCCUUCCAAGAUGCCAAGGCAAAGCUUAUGGAAAUCCGAAUGCAGCUGUCCAAGCGUCAAGAUAGGUCCGAGAGCAAGGAGAAAAGAAGGAAGAAAAAGCAAAAGCCAUCCGGUGAGACACGGUUGGGGGCGUGAUCCAUUCAAGAUUCUUGUAACACCACCUCUUCUCAUGCAUAAUUAUGUAUUAUGUUAGCAUAUUCCAUUUGCUCAAAGGAAUGGGCAGAUAAAAUUUUGACAUAUCUAUGUAAGUGUAGCUAUUGAUGCUAAUUCUUUGGUCACGCAAAAAAUCACCACCAUUGUUCGAAACUAAUACCCAUGUGGUUCUAGUGAUUGUUGUAAUGUGAAAAUUAAUGCA